AUGUUUCUAGUUUUUUUUUCAUCAGUAGAAUUGUUUGAUAAGCCAUUGACAGGCGUCGUCCAAAGCUUUAUUACUAAUCGUUGCAAUACGAACAGCUUCGAGUUAGAAAUAUCAUGNAGUGUUGCUCUAGGUAUCAGAGAGUACGGAGCAUGUGAGGAAGAAUUUUGGUCUAGUCGUUGGCACUCAUUACGUGAACAACCACAUCAUACAGCCUAUCAACAAGCGAGAAAAUACACAGCUGUUUUACUUCGUGUUCCAAUUACGAUUGAAGCGAUUGAAACUUGUUUACACAAUCAAAUACCAGUUCCAAUUGAUAUUAUAAUGGAUGAUGAGACCGUACAAAUCAUUACAACUAACAACGGUUUCUUAGAUGUGCGCCGACUGAACGAUAAUACUAUUGACGUAAGAAAUCUUCACACCGUUCUGAUUGUUGGUUAUGAUCGAAGAAAGCAACAUUUCAUCAUGCGAAACUCCUGGGGAACAAACUGGGGAUCUGAUGGCUAUUUCUAUGUUCCAUACAGCUUUCUGUCUCGUCGUGAGCGUAUCAAUUGUACUGAUACCCUAUGGACCAUAAGACGAAUCGAGCCACGUAAACAUCGGCUGCCGAAUAUAUCUAGAUUGGUUCUGCAGUGA